AUGAUCGUUAGAACGAAUUGUGUUGUCGACAUUGAACUUCGAGCUUGUCGUCUGGCGUGAAACGUGUCGCAUCGUUGGUCGUCUGGUGUAGUUAUUGCGCAACUGCAAGAGAGCUCGUCGUCUGUAACCUGCAACGUGUUUGCGUCUGCUGUUCUUCAAAGUCAUCUGUCACCUGUGACGUGUCACGCCUUACGUGGCUGGUGAACCGCACAGUGUAUCGACCACACACUUCUGUCGACAAGUGUGUUGCCUGUAAUUGUGACUGCUCCUAUUCCAAGACUAGGUAACUGCUGUUUUGAACACACUGCUACCAACGACCGACACCACAACUAGCCGUCCUUUGUGGAGAUAUCAAUAACGACAGGUUUCGUGGUGACAUUCUUCCCCGGCAUACGAGAGCCUGCACAUCAAUGCGCAACUGGCUACAAGGUCUUGUUCUGCUGACAAACACUAGGAAGUGCGCUUUCCUGACCGGUUAUUAGUAUGGUUGUCUCGUGUGAGGACGCCUAGCUGACUUUCAUCGCCAAAUGUGUAAACAUCUACUUCAACGAGACUUGGAAGAUUCGCAGCAAAAGUGACAUCGAGGUCUGCAUGGCGGCUACGUUGGCAGAUUGCGCUUGACGUCACGGAAAGCAGUGUCAAGGAGCCUGUCGAAAAAGGGGUAUUAUUGACUGCUAAAAUCUUGUAAAAUCUAUUAGAGGCAUUUGACCUACGUCUAUUAUGUGUACGACACCUGCCUCCGUCAUAUACAGCUGCGUCAUCAGUUACUAGCCACUCCCUUACUCCCGACUUGUACAGUGUCAAAAAUGACAAGCUCUGCCCAGUCAUCCUUGAAAAUGCAGCAUCUACCUCAGCGUUUGCUGACAACACAUCCAACGUGCCAUGACUGUGCGAAAAGGAGUGCCAGUGAACCCUCCCUGUCAUCUGCUAGCGAUCAUCAUCCUCUUCUUUAGCAUCAACAACAGACGGCUCGUUGUUAGCGGUAACCUUGAAGAUACGUUGACAGAGGCUGCUCGGACGUGAUACUAUCUCAACUAGUGAUAGAAACUCACAUAACGGUGUAUUGUGCCUUCAACGGGGAACGGCUAACUAUCGCUAGCAUCCAUUAGAGCAAAUGCAAUCAACACGUCGUAGGACAGAAUAGCCAGCCGUGAACUAAACUGGUGACAUGGCGAACCGGAAGGCACCCACGUCGGAAAAUGGCGACGAAGCGAAAGUGCAACGGCUUCUGGUGGCACUGAGGGUGCGGCCCAUACUGCCGUCGGAGGUCGACAAAGGACUGACAUGCAUUGCUCACAAGAUCGACGACAAGACGGUGCUGCUGGUGGACCCGCAGAGCUCCGAGUCCACCGACAAAAGCCGAAACGGGAGCAGCCAGCGAAAGGUGGUCAGCCACCGAUACACCUUCGACUGGACACUGGACGAGAGAAGCUCCCAGGAGGAAGUAUAUCGGCAAGUUGGCGAGCCUCUGGUCGAGAACCUUUUACAGGGCUUCAACGGAGCAGUAUUCGCAUAUGGAGCCACGGGUGCCGGCAAAACUUACACCAUGGUCGGAACCGACAAGAGCCCCGGCCUCAUGGUACGGGUGUUCGACGACAUCUUCCAGUUCGCCAAGCAUAACGACGCCACCACGCGUACCAGUGUGCUCAUCUCGUACAUGGAGAUAUAUAACGAAAACAUCAGAGACCUUCUCAACACUUCCAACAACUAUUUGGAGCUGCGUGAAGACCCCCUGGGUGGCAACCAAGUCCUGGGACUCUCAGAAGUGGAAGUCACCAACUCUUCCGAGGUAUUACGGCUUCUGCAGAAGGGUAAUAAACGGCGUACAGUGGAGCCGACGGCGGCCAACCAGACGUCAUCGCGGUCGCACGCCCUCUUGCGGGUCUCCAUACGUCAGUCAAGGAAAGACAUCUCCGAUCUGGACUUGACUCGGCACCGCGUCGGCAAGCUUUUUAUGGUCGACCUGGCCGGGUCCGAGCGUGCCUCCAACACCAAGAACACCGGUAUGCGGUUGAAGGAAGGAGCGCACAUCAACAAAUCUCUCCUGGCGCUCGGCAACGUCAUCAACGCCCUUGCCACACGGAACCCCAAGUACGUCAACUUCCGCGACAGUAAGCUGACCCGGCUGCUGAAGGAGGCGCUGUCCGGCAAUUGCCGCACCGUCAUGGUGGCUCACAUAUCGCCCGCCUCGGCGCAUUACGACGAGUCCCGUAACACGCUCGUCUACGCCGAGAGGGCGCGAAACAUCACCAACAAGGUCCGCUGCAACCUGGUGGACGUGUCGCACCACGUCAAGCAGUACCAGAGCAUCAUCACCGAGCUACGACAGGAGAUCCAGAAGCUCCAGGACAGGAUAGAGAUGAACGACUCCGCGGCGUCCAGGGAUCCUUCGUCUCCCUCGGCAGCAACCUCCCCUGACGACGGGCCGGCUGACAACAAGAUGGCCGCGAACGGUGCCAACAGACACAACGGCAACAGGUCUACGGACGACGAAGGAGAGACGCAGCGACACCACGACGCUAAUGACGAGAAAAACGACGGCAGCCAUCACCACUACAACCACAGGGAAGAGCAGAGGAGGGCCGACUCGGCCGCCAGGGAGCGCCACCCGCACAACGACAAGGCUGACGCCGACCGGGAGAUCCGCGAACUACGGGCGGAGCUCAUGGAUGCAUUCAACCGGCAGAUGGAAGUCAGGCGCAAGAUGAUGGAGAUCGACAACUUCUUGCUAGCGCUAAGCACCGACCUUGAAAAGCUCAGCAUCGUCAUCAACCAAUGGGAGACCCAGAAGGUCAAGUAUGAAGCGACGGAAAGCGAAGGUUCACCUGAAGAGGAACCAGGCUACAUCCGACAAGCCUGGGAGGAUAUCGAGUACAUACAGGGCGAGCAGCAGAAGUUCCUUGCCAUGCGCGAGGACGUUGAGAAGGAGUUUGAAGAGGCUAGGGAACACACAUACAAGCUCACAGAGAAUUUACCGAACGUGGCGAGUUCUGAAGAGCAGCGUGAACUCCUCAGGUUACUCACCCAAGUCCACAAACUCGAAGUGGAAAAGAUCGAGAUGCAGACCGACCAACUGAUCAGGGAGCACGAGCUGAGGCAGCGGGACCUGAUGAUAGUGCGGUACGACCGUCAGCGGUUGCUGUGUGACGAGAUUAUCGGCAAGCAGAAGGUGCUCAUUGACGAACUGUCUUCCGGAAUGCGACGACGAAAAGCGAGAAAUGCCCAAGCCACCAGAGAACUGAACGAACUGUAUCGCAUCUACCAGCAAGAAAUCCAAGACCUGAGCACGGGUCGAGACUCCGUCAUGAAACACCUGAACGUGAACCCUUACCGGCCCAACUCGGUCCUGGGCCUCCGACCUCUCGGCUCGAGCGAGAGCAUGUGGGACCUGAGCCACAUGGAGCCGCUUCGAGAGGAAGACGACCGCGUGGACCCGCAAGGUGUUCCCCUGUCCAGGUGA